AUGGCUACAGAUGCCAGCAGUACACGUCUGACAAGCUCUCCGCAGCAAGACCACGAAGAAGAAGAAGAGGAGGAGGAGGAGGAGGAGGAUUACAUGUCGCUCGCAUUCGUCUCGCAGCCAGUCACCUCGUCUGGAAACUCUGCAUGCCCGCAACCCCUCUUGCGCACCAAGCCCAAAGGUAGCAGCAGUACGGCAGGCACACGGCAACGAGAGCUGCUCGCCCGUCAGAAAGGUCUUGAUCGCUCCUUGUUCGCUCCUCAGAGCGGCAACCAGUUGCAGCACGAGGGGGAUGAGGGGAGCGCGAAGCGGGAGAGCAAGGCGGUGAGGAUGAUGAAGGGCAUGGGCUGGAGCGAGGGCAAAAGCUUGGGCCUUGUUGCAUCGAGCGGCAGUGCGCGGGCGCGGGAGCAGCACAUGGCAAGAGGCGAAGCGACCGCCUCAAGGAGGAGCGCAUCUCCCCAGCCACGCGAGGCAACGAUCAGAGGUCCAAGCAAAGACAAAGGCCAAUGCGGAGAAGCGCAGAGAUCCGAGCUUUCAGCUUCUCAUCCCGAUGCACUGUUCGAGCCCAUCCGGCCAGACGAGCGGUGGGCGGGCGGAUGCAAAGGUGGCAUCGGAUCCCUCUCUGUCCUUCAAUCCGUACAGCGCAUAUCUCAAGCCAUCAAGCGCGCAGCAGAGGGAAACGACGUCCAAGGCACGUCGAGCCAAGACUUUGAAGCGAGCUUGAAGGGAUACAGGGAUAGGGUGGGCGGCAAGGUGCAAGCGCUUAGACUGGAGAAGCUGAUGGAAUCGGCCAGAAAGACGACGGAGGAGUUGGAUGGCAGGGUGAAUGUCGAGGUGAGUGUGGAGGGCGAUCGUGUGAAUGGCUAGGUGUCGCCUGGAGCGAAGGACAUGCAAUCUGACAGCACCUCCAUCUGACGCCGGCUAUCCUCGACGCCCAGUACUCGCCCUUGUGGCUCGAUCCCCGCUGGCUUUGGAUGCCAGAUGCUGCACCGUCUGAAGCUGGGAGUGUGAUGGAGCAAGCGUUUGGCAAAGCUGAAGGCAUGGAAGGGGACGAGGGCGAUGGUUGGGACGAGCAAGCGACAUGCGUCCACCAAGAGCGCUUGCGAGAGGCACAGCGGUGGGCCAAGCUGGAUGUGAGUCGUCCCCCUGUGUUCGCUCUGACUAGCAUCGAGCCGAUACCCACGCUUCCCGCCUUUCAUCAACAACCUCAGACGCCCGCUCGCCUGCAGAUCACUCUCGAUCACCUUCGCAGAGCGCACAACUACUGCCUCUUUUGUGGUUGCGCUUACGACGACUUUGAUCAGCUGCAGAAGCUCUGUCCGGGUCUGACGGAAGAGGAUCACGACUGA